CACCGCUUCUCGUUUCUCUUGUCGCUUUACGAGCAAGAUACUGUGCGAUAUAUUACACAACAUGGGUCUCCAUAUACAAGAGAUGGGGGGCCAUCUGUGCCUCACUUCAGACAGAGGAUCACUGGAUGAACAGGGAAAUCCCAAAACAAGCAGUCUAUGAAGCAAUAAAGAGCUUCCAAGUAUGAAUAAAAGCACGUCCCACCUUGCUAGAAUGGAUCCCAGAAAGAGAAAGAUCACAUCCAGAUGCGGCCAGCCUAGAAGAGGAAGUGAUUUGUCAAGUAACAAUGGUUUGGAAAAGGUUUGCCAUGAAAGCUAUCUUCACGAUGGAAAGUUUCAUCUCCACCCAGAUGAAAUCACCUGUCAGUGGCAAGAGAAGCCUACGACCUAAUCCAAACACUAAAAGACGUAAGAAAUAAACACGGAAAAAACAUUCACUACUUAAAACUUGCUCCCCUUGGGGGAGCAGAUUUCUUCCACCACCGAAACUUUCCGAACCUAUACUUUGCUACCAUGUAUAUGACGAAAGGGCACGGUUUGCUAGGAAAAGAAGUGCAGUUCGUCAUCACUGAGAUGUAAGGAGUUGGUUAGGCCACCAUCAAAAGAAUGGCAGGGAGAUCUAAGAGAAAAGGUGCAGGGGUAUCAGAGGAAACAAGAAAUCUCGUGAAAAUAGGGUAUUUAGCUGAGAUCAGUGAGGAACUCAUUUCAGACACAGAUGAAGAAGAAGAGUCCCUUUCAAAGAGAAGGAUGAGAAGGGUCAAACAACCAGACGAGGAUAAAAGAGAAUAAACUAGAAAAAUGACCAAAAAGAGCUUUAAAACAAGAUGAGUGAUCUAAAAGAAGGUAUAAUCUUUACAAAGAGGACCCACACCUCAUCAUCAGUCAGCGAGAAGGAGGCGGGACCAUCCACGAAGGAGCCAACACUCCUACAGUCGCCAAGGACGACAAGGAGAAAACAGAAAGAAAAAGAUACAGAGAUGACUCCACCCGUCACAAGAGGGAAGAAAAAAAAGGUGGUGGAACCCAGGCUACCCAGGGAGGCAACCCCUCCUCAAGCGUCGCAGAGUGAUACCGCGAUCCUAAAAGAAAUACUAGAGCUAUGCAAGAAGCAAUCAGACACAUUUUCCGAGCUAGUAACGGAGUUGCGAAGCCAGAAAACACAACUAGAGGGUCUAACCCUGAAAGUGCAAGGACUCCAAUACGACAAACAACUCAGUCUAAUUUCACCAAAUCACUGUUACUUUAUACUUCAUGCAAAUAAAACUAUUCGUUCAUACGACAACGCGUAG